CCCUGUGAUGUCACCAGUGUUGUAGUAACAAGCAGUGUAGGAAGGUCUCUCAGUCACUGUGUAGAGGAUAAAUACACAGGCAUGUUGGCCCGACUGCAUGGUCAAUUUCAGAGGGAGAGGGUAGAUAGUGGAGAGAGUAGAGUGAGGGCAGAGGAAGGUGGACUUUCAACGGAGAGAAAUGGAGGAGGAAGGAGGUGGUCGUGGGGAAUGUGGAGGGGUGUCAGACAGACAUCGACACCUGCAACUGUCCUAAGCCAGAAGCAGUACAAGAAGGAAGAGGAGAGGAUUAUUAGAGAGCUCCAGCUUGCUACUCAGGAGAGAAAUGAGCUGAGAGAUCGCCUGAUCUAUAUAACAGAGGGAUCCAUGAACAAGAGGCCCUACUUCAAGCCAAACCCAUUUUAUGAAAAAUUGAAGAAAAAGGAGAAGGAGGUCAUGUCGUUACUACACAACUUGAGGACGGAGAACCCUGACAUGACUGAGAACUUGCAGGAGCUCAAGAAGGAGAUGAACUUCUAUCGUAACCUGCACAGCCGGAUCAUCCUGGAGAAGACUCUUAUGAAGAAGAAGUUGGUCAAACUGAAGCAGGAGAACAAGGGGGUACAGCUAGAUGGUGCAGUCCUACAGAAAUACUUGUUUCACUUGAACAUGAAUGAUAAAGACGGACAGGAGAAGACCAGCACCCUUCAGACCCAACAACAUCAGGAUAGAUUGACGGCCUGUUGGGAUACUCAUUGGUGCAAUCUCCUUCUCAAGGCCAGCAACUCCACAGCAUUUGCAAAGAUCCAUUUUCCGAACAAGAUGGAUCCCACCAGAGGGAGUGGAGAAGAGAAACAUCACUGGAGACCGGAGAGCAGACAAACAAGGAGCCUCCUGGGAGUACCAGCCCUUGAUGUACUCACUGACAAAAAUGGUGGCUCCCAAGGGGUCUGCUGGGGAGAAGGAAGGAAAGGCCAAGAAAAGUGUGUUUUGCUCUCAAAAGAGGUUGAAGGCCAAGGCGGAAACCCAAGCAGACAUGAGGCAACUAAGAGAACAAUCUAUAACUAGUAAAAAAUAAAUGGGAAUGCUUAUCUAA